AUGGGCGCGUGCGCGAGCAAACCUCCGAAGGAGAUUAAGGCCGAGCCCGCGUUCCCCAGGGACGUGGACCCGGACACGAGCGGAAGCCGGUCGUCUCGCGCGAGCGGCGCGACGAACGAUGGGAAUAAACCCGAGCGCAGGCUCAGCAAGAAGGAGCUGAAGCGACAGCGCAAGGCGGAGCUCGCGGCGCUGCCCCCGGAGUACCACCAGCCCCCGCCGCCGCUCAAGUUCGGCGGCGCGGUCGUCAUGCCCCCGCCGCCGAUAUCCCCGCGCCCGGGGGAGCACCCGGAGCCGACGAACCCGCGGAUUUAUUUCCACGCCUAUCUCCUCCACUUGGCGCACGCGGUGUUAAAGCGCGACUACGACGACCAGGAGGCGCACAUCGGGCACGCGCCCAAGGUGGACGAGACGUGGCAGCGCGCGAUCGCGCGCGUGCGGUGCGACUUCACCGUCUACGUGAACGGGACGGAGCAUCACGUGCGCUUCGACCACGAGGGGCCGCCGCCGUCGGACGUCAAGGCGUACCUGCGAUCGGAGCCGGUGUGCGUCUUCGACGACGACGCGCUCGGGAUGUACCAUCCGGAGGUGCGAUCUAAGCACGAUAAGAAGGAGGACGCCGCGCUGCUCGCGGCGUUCGACCACGUCGUGACCGAGUGCAUGCGAGAGCACAAGGAGCAGUUGGAUCCGUACAGGGACAUAGUCAGGGUGUGCGUGAUAUUCGACCUCAUCACCGCGGUGGGCGCGAGGAUCGAGCACGUGCACAGACACGAAGGGGGGCCGGACGACCGCGUGUGCGCGUAUCAGAUCGCCGCGCGACGGGUCAGGGGGUGGUGA